CCCUGGAUUUGCUCGUCAUAUCAUCUGUUCAAUGCGUGUACUCAGCAUACAAAGCAACUCUCUCACCAUCUUCCACUUGCUCUUCACCUCGCGAGCGUUACAAUAACACCAAUUCCACACCGCAUCACGAAAUAGCCCAGCUCUUGGAGGUCUCACUCCCACCACCUCAAUUCGCCUUAUCUCUUAUCUCUCACCUUUAGCUGUAAGUGGACUCCGUCCUGCCAGACCGCACUCGUCAUUGUUGGUUUCCCACCGGAUUUCCCUCCCUUCCUCUCCCGCACCAUACGGCAAUCAACAACCCUUCCCCCGGUUUGCUGAGCUUGGUUUACUGCUACUACUCCGAACCGGUAUCCCUACUCCUCCGCCCACACAACCCUCCUCUUCCUCCUCCAAGUGGUCAUCCAAUACUUUGCUGCACAUUGUCAGCACACCAUCACCAAAACCAUAACCAUCGCCCUGCUUGAUGCAGGUGUUGGGGAAGGACAGGGCAGGCAGGCCCACCUUGCGCUUUUUCAGCCGGGGCGGACUCAGCUAUCACCAUCUUUCGGUGUGUGAGAGUCUCCUGUAAUGGAGCUCUCUGGAGGCUUUUACCUGCUUGUGGUGCAAAAGCCUCCCUCGUGUACCUUACCUUACUCGUGAUAUGACACCGUCUUAUCAUCGGGAAAUCACGUACCUUAUCAACAAAGAUUGAGCGUCAAAACUCAAACCCGCUGUUCCCAGCAAGUCUGCAUUCUUCCGGUCGUCCAUCCGGUGCUUGUCUUGUCUUGUCUUGUCUUCUCUCCCCGCCCCUGCCCGGCUUGUUUUGCCUGUCAAAUUCACCCUAUUCCACUUUCUCCAGUCUUGUUAUCUCGCCUUCAGCUGCCACCCACACUAGAAAACAAGGCGGCUACAGAAUACACACCAACCGCCCGAACAAGGGGGAAGGGAGCACGUUCUGCUCUUUGCUUUGACACACCGCCUCAAAUCCAUGUACUAAUUGCAGCUUCUGCGCUCUCCAGGCUCCCUAUCACUUGUUCCGCCAUCUUAGUCGCGGCCACACCAAAAGCUCGUCCACCCCCGACUACUACACCCAGCAGCACCCCCAAUCAUCUUCAACUCGGCUGCGAGUCGUUCUAUUUCUCUUUUCUACGUAUUCGAACAAACCACACAGUCAAAAUGUCUACCGCAUCAGUACAACAGCCGGUCAUCCCUCCCCGACCUUCUAGGAGUCAGGAUAAGGAGGAGAACACCAACACUUCGUCUCUCCCCAAGAUUCCUCCUCGUCCCAUUAAGCGUUUCGACCGCUCCGUCUCCCCGAAUCCCGAUCGAUAUGCGCCCUCUCCGCUGAACGAGAGCCCUUUUUCAAAGAGCCCCAAGGCUACUCGUUCCUCGCCGAGCAACGGCUUCCUCUCUUCGCACGACCCUAUUCAUCACCGCCCCGGUAGCGUGUCUAUGCCUUCCGUUGGUGAGGAGGGUAACGAAUACGAUGCCAUCAACGAUGGGUUUGUCAAGCCGCCUCCCAAGGCACCUUCAUCUCCUGAGCACACCCGCUUCGCUGCGGAAGAUCUGAAGCUUCACGCUCCCAAGCCCACUGUUCCGGCUCAGAGUGCCAAGCAGAGAGUUAUGGCAGUGACCCGCACCGAUUCGGAUAAGGCUGCCUCCUUUGGCAUUGGCAAGCCCAGCAGUGACGAGACCAGACCCAGCAGUCUCAGGAAGAAGGCCAGCUCGAGUGCCCUGUCUCAAAAGUCAGAAAGUGCCUACGGCGACGAGGAGCAUGGCAUCCCCGAGAUUGGCCAGCGGGUUCCCAUGAACCCCCACUUGGGUGAUGUCCAGGCCCCGUCUCCCGCUCCUGGUUCUGGCGCUGCCCCCGAGAGCCUGAGGUCGGGAACUCCGCGAAACCACUCCCGCAAGCACAGCUCGCGUGGUUUCAACGAGCUCCCUCCUGGUAGCUACGGUCUUCAUGGCCACAGCACGGCUUUGCCUACCGACAAGUUUGAGAAGGCCUGGUACGACAAGCACCCAGAUUUCCUGAAGAAGGAUUGCAAGCCUUCACUCCACGACCGUCAGAACGACUACGCCAUGAGCAGCACGGAUCUGAACAAGAUUGUCAAGGAGACCCACAGCCGUGGUUCUGGCAUGGGAACCUCCGCUUCGUAUGUUGGCACCCCCAGCGAGGAAGUUGGAUACCAGGCUUCUGCAGAGUACACCUCUCGCAUCUCCUCCCCUGAACUUCAGCGCAUCAAGUCUCCUCAAAGUCCUUCGAAGGAUUCUCAUCCUCAGGUCUCCGUGUCUUCUCCGGACAAUGCCGCCGGAAGCGAUGACGGUAUCGUCCAUGUCGACGAAUCUCACAACCGCCGCAGGAGCUUCGUGUCGCACGAUCCUGGACACGAGAACAAGUACAACGCACCUAUUCUGGCCGAAGACGAGGCUGGAGGAGACGUCCACCCAUACGACCUCCAGCCCGCUGUUGAGCCCCCACCAGAGCGCUCCGGCAGUGCCUUUGAGAUGGAGAAGCCGAACCGUCCCACAAGUCGACCCACUAGUAUUUACAACAACAACCAGUCACAAACCGAUCUGGUACACACCCCACUUGAGGAUGUUGAAGAGUACGAGCCACUCUUCGACGAGGAGCGCCCGGAGGCCAAGAAGUCCGAGGCCGAGGCAGCCAGCUCGAAGCCUCGUCACAAGUUCCCAAGCAAGGACGUCUGGGAGGACGCCCCCGAUAGCGUCAACUACACCGCCGAAGUUUCGACACCGGAGCCCACAGAAUCAGAACGACCUUCCUCCAGACGCCGUUCCGAACUUCCCACAGAAAACCCCGCUCUGGAGUUUGCCCGCAGACAAGAAGAACUUGCAGAGCAGGAAGGCCGUGGGGUGGAUGCGAAGCAGUUGAAGCCAGUGCCCGCCGCCGUCCAGAAGGCCAAGGAAGAGGCUCGGCCAGUCAUGUCGAACCGAUUUCCCAGUCGCGACGUCUGGGAGGAUACGCCCGAAAGCGCCAUGCACGAGGCUAUCGUGGACACACCUGAGCCAAGGGAUGAGUCCCCGGUAGAAAAGCCGUUUGUGCCAGCACGCCCGCAGAAGAAGGGUUCACAAUCGAGCGCUACCGCAGAACCACCUUCCAUUCCUGAGCGGCCAAGAAAACAGAACUCGACAAGUGAGGAUAAGGCUAAGCCGGCUGUCUCGGAAAAGUCAAAACCUCAAAUUCCUGCUCGCCCUACCAAGACCCUUCCUUCCGGCGUCGACUCCAAGGAGCAAGACUCUACCCCCAAGCAGAAGCCAGCUAUUCCUGGCAAACCUGCCGGAGGCAAGAUUGCAGCGCUCCAGGCCGGUUUCCUGUCUGACCUUAACAAGCGCCUUCAGUUGGGACCCACAGCUCCGAAGAAGGAAGAACCCCCCGCGGCGGAUGUUGCUGAGGAGAAGGAGAAGGCGCCCCUCGCUGAUGCUAGGAAAGGUCGUGCUCGUGGUCCCCAGCGUAGGGCUCCGGCGGCCAAGAGCCCAGCUCCCGCAGCCGCUGAGGCCAAAUCCGGACCUACACUCUCAUUCUCUCCUCUCAGAAUCUGCUGGAGCAUUGGCGAUAGCGGUGUUCUAGAGGUCGACGACGGUUCCAAAGAAGAAUCCAUCAAGGAGCCGGUUUCCGAGGUCGCCAGUGAGGCUGCAGAGACCAAGGAGAUCAAGCCUGAAGUCUCGGCCAAGACGGAAGCACCCGAGGUGCCCGCCACUACGGAACCUGCUGCAGAGACUGCGGAAGUGGCCGAGGCUGAGGUUCCCAAGGCUGUGGAAGCUGAAGAUGGGGCUGAGGCGCCGAAGGAGGUUGUCAAGACCCUGGCGGCCAAUACUGCUGGCGAGCCUGUGGUCGAGGCCACUCUCGAGAAGGGUGCCGACAUCGAGCCUGUUGAUAUGAAGCAAACCGGAGGCGAAGCGGCAUAAAAUGUUGCAGAGUGGCCGGUAUGAGAGUGAGUGAUUGGUGUGUUAUAACGAAAAAAAAAACAGCACUAGACCGGCAUUCUGUUGGCGUAGAGUUUUUUUUUUUUGGUUUGAUGGUUUUCGGGUCAUCCAACUAUACUUUUACGUUCCCUAACUUUGCCGUAUGGCUUUGCAGCGUUUUGUUGAAUAGGUAGCAAUUUGAUACUGCGUUUGUUGUCUCUUUCCGAUGGAAGGACAGCCUCGCCUUACGCGUCGGCUUGUGGAUGAUCACAUACAUAGCCUGGUGCGUGAUUUUGUCAAGUGUUUUCCCAAGGUAAUAAUGUAAGACUAAGCGCAGCUCCUGAUAUGAAGUACAGCAUGGCCCGCACAUGGGAUGAGGCACUGCCUUGCGCACCUCUAAGUGUCCCGUGUGGAAAAUAGGCCAUGUUGUAGAGGAUGAGUAGGUUUGUACGAGAUGUUGUGACGAUGUGGUUUGCAUGCUUGUGGUUGUAGGCUAUUGGGGGGAGUGCUGACACUGAGAGAUCUUUGCCUCGUUGCUGAACCUGCGAGAUCUGAACUAAACUAAUACGUAUGCAUGUCUAGCAUAGAAAUAGAGAAU